CAUUUUCUCUGCAUCAGUGCUGAGGAGGUACCUCCCUGCUGCUCCCUGAGACACCAUGUCUUGCAGAAGAGGCAAGUAAAGCUUCUUGACCUGACAAACUUCACCUGGCUUCAAAUUUCAGAUGUGAUGCUCAGAGAUUAUGCUGUAGAUUAAGGUUUUACUGAAUCCUGAGAUGAGUGCAAAUUCCCAGAAGCAGCAGCUCUGAUGUGCAGCCAGACCUCUACUGGAAGCUUGCUGGGCUGGGUGGGGGACGGGGCAUCACCCACCCUGCGGUGCACAGGAAGGAUGGAGCACAGAUAUACCAGGAUGGUGUGCUGAGAGGCAGGAGCAGGUCACCUUGCUCAGCCAUGAACGCCUCAGCACCCAGCAGCCCACUGAGGCACCCCGAGCCCCAGGAUGCGGCUGCCUUCACUCCCAUCUCUGUGGUCAGAAGCGUGACAAAGAAGUCUGAUGCCCUCCCCAUCAUCUCAGUCAUCGUCGUCAUCUUUGUCCUCCUGGCCAUCUUCAUCAUCGUCGUGGUGCACUAUGGCCCGCAGCUCCGCACCAUACAGAUCACCCUUUACCACGAGCCCAUGCCACAGGACCUGGACGACGGGGUGCACCUCAUGGACUGGAGGAAGCUGGGCUCCCAGAAGAAGCCCACUCAGCCUGGGCAGUGGGAGCCGGGUGGCGGCGUGAGCUGCCAGUGCUCCUGCAAGAACCACCUCCCCUGUGGGAGCAUCGAGCCCAACGUCAUCGAGAUCACGUACCUGUAACGGGCUUUGGGCAGGACCCAAGGGAAAAACAGUGACCGGGCUGUUGGCUCAGCCCAAGACUAGCUGGUUUCUGCACAUCAGGGUUGUAUCCGUCUUCAGACGGGCUCACCUAGGAAGUUGUGUCACUGCAGCAACCCAUCGUCAGCCCUGACAUCCAGACUGCUGUCACCAGGCAGUGCGCAGUGCCAGCCAGGCAAUGACAUUGGUGUUCGAUUGCCCCGAGCCAGAGCUGGGAGUGGGUCAGCCUGCGUGGGACAGCAUCAGCACCCCUUCUGGUUUUUCUCGCCCUGGUUUCACCCACGCUGCCCGGGAGCACCCAGGAGAGCUGCCUCGGCCCUCUCUCCGUCUGGGGAGUGCUGAGUGAAUGCUGAGCCCCUUGGCACAAGCUGGAAGUUGCAUCAUUUGGAAUUGCUUUACGGAUUAGGGAUGUUUUCACAUGCAGUGUCCUCGUUACUCUGUUUGCGUGGCACAGAAGAGCCACCUGUCCCAUUUUUGCUCCACGCCACUGCCUGCUUCCCCCCGCUGCACAGCUGAACGCUGCCCUGACAGCGGCCUGCAGGGCGAUGUGUGCAGUGAUGGGGAUGGGACAACCAAGUGGGGCUUCUUCCCGUUGCUGCAGGUGCUCAGUGUCUCUGACCUGGCCGAUGCUCUGUCUCCCUUCAGCUCAUGCAUUUCCAGCUCGUUUCGCUUUAAAAGGCGAAGCAGUGGUUGGGUUUGUUGGAAAAUGUUGGUGUUCGCAAUAAAUGUAAUUUAUAUUUUU